CCGGAAGUUGUUUGUCUGUCUCCCGCUGGCUGGAAGCAGGAGAGCAGCUGCGACUCUUGUAACCUCUCCUGUUUGUUGGACUAAGUCCACUCCAGCCACUGAGCUCUCCAUCUCCCCAGGUGUGAGUGUCGGUAACGUGUGCGCGUGUGUGUGAAUUGAGUGUGUUUGGGGGUGAUGUACUGUGCGUAUCAGGACCGGGAGGAGCUGGAUGAUGAUCUCUAUCAAGACGAUGAUGAUGGUGACUCUGAGGGGUCAGAGGCCAACAGCGAGCUGGAGUUCCACCUCUACAGCCAGCUCCACUACUCCUCUAAUGCCGAGGUGAUAGAGGAGCAGGAGGACAGAGGGGAGAAGGCUGAGGGCCAGGACAGCCAGCAGCUCCAGGGGCCUGAGAAGACUGCAGAUGUUGCGGAAAGUAAGCCUCCGUCACCUGAUUUGAGCACGUUACUGCAGACCCUGAAGAAGAAGAAGAAGAAGGAAGAGAAACUUGAUAAACAGAAGAAGGGGAAAAGCAAUUUUAAAGGUCAGAGGUCGUCAUCAUCAUUUUUUGAGGAGGUCAUUGUGAUAGACUCCGGCCCUGAAGUCAUCUCCAUCUCUGAGGAUGACACUCCUGAUGAUGAUGAAGGGGUCUGCACCUUAAAAGGUGGAGGCUUACAGCGACUGCAGACUUCCACCCCGGCCCAACAGGGUACCAAGAAAAAGAGUCCCAGUGCACCGGUGACUGUGGCCUCCAGCAGCUCAGAGUCUGAAUCAGAAGAAUCAGAGUCUGAGUCUGACUCGUCUGAUUCUUCUGACUCGGACUGUCUGGAGAACUGGAUGAUCCUGGGUCGAGAGAAGCAGGAUGGAGACCAGAGCAUCUCACUCAACCUGGAGGGAGGGUCUGACAGCAGCGCAGAUGCUGAAGAGGAAGAAGAGAGCAGCUGGUUGGUUUCGUCCAAGGACAAGGAGGCUCGGAUCUGUAACAAAGACAAAGGUGCCAGAGUGGCGGCACAGCGGUUGUCAAACAGAUACUACACCAACAAGAACGUCGAGUGUAGAAACUGCAACAAGACCGGACAUCUCUCCAAGAACUGCCCUGAGCCCAAAAAGUCUCCACCCUGCUUCCUUUGUGGCAACCCAGGCCACCUGUCCAAUGAAUGUCCCAAUAGGCACUGCAACAACUGCGGCCUGCCUGGGCACCUCUAUGAUUCCUGCAGUGAGAGAGCAUACUGGCACAAACAGUGCCAUCGCUGCAGCAUGACGGGGCACUUCUUUGACGCUUGUCCAGAGAUCUGGAGACAGUAUCACAUCACAACUAAGUCAGGUCCUCCUGUAAAGCAGCGGAAAGAAGACCGGGGUCGAAGCCCAGCCUACUGCUACAACUGCUCCAGGAAAGAACACUUUGGCCACGCAUGUAGAUGGAAGAGGAUGUUUAAUGGGACGUAUCCCAGCACCCCGUUCAUCAACCACUAUGAUACUGUCGAUGACAUCAAUCGCAGAGAAUACAGAACACAGUUGAAGGUUGAAGAACUGAAGAGAAAAGGCCUUAUAUCUGCCAGCUCUGAGACCCCUCUCACUCCAGGACCGCCAAAGAAGAAACAGAAAAUCAGCCAUCACAAAAAGAACCACCAGCCCAACCAUGCACCUCACCAAAGUCCUAACAACCACAACCACAAACCCAAACCCAAAUCCAGCCAUAUCUUUUUUAAUGACAACCAUGACUUUGGUGCUGCAGCACCCAAAACGAAUAAACACAAUAAGUACAAACAACAGGAAAGCACUGGCAAUGUGAAACCAUGGAAACCCAAGAGACCAGUGCCCACCUCGAAAGACCCCCUCCCAAAAACUAAAUUAAUAUUGGAUGAAGCAGAUGAUUUUCCCAGAGGCGGAGGUAAAGGAGAUAACAUGGUGAAGAAGAAGAAUAGGAUGAAGAAAAGGAAGCGAGAUUCUCUAACAUUACCAGAAGGACAAAGAGAGAGCAGACCAGACCGCCUCUGUUGGACUGUAACUGGAGAGAAGCAGGCGUCGAUGUCAAAGAAAGAGAAAGGAAAGAGGAAAAAAGGAAAUCGAGUCCAGGGGAACACUGACAAAAAGCUUCCCUCACAGAUGUACCCCACAGAUGAGAACCUGUUUAUCAUCAAACAGAGGAAACGCAAGAGAUAGCAUCAGUUUGUUUGAGGUGCGGGUGGCUGCGAUCUUCAUGACCAGUUCAUACUUACUUAUGUGUACAGGACAUUUAGGGACGUGUCAGACAUUUUGUUGAUUCAGUCCUUGCUGCAAAACAGUUGAAGUUGCCAGUGCUGCUCUAUGGGGAUCAGAGGCCGUUUUCACGGAAGACCUCUUGACCUGUCACAGCAGGAAAAGCACAGGUGUAAAGAAUAAAAUUGAUGAUGGCUGAAUUUAUCUGCUAUAGCUUCAGGGUCCUGGUAUUGUGCAGGUUGACUCACUGUCACAUUGUCAGGGCUUACUGGAGCACUGGUGGUAGCCAUAGCCAGAGGCACUAUGUCUUCGUGUUGUCCUUUCGUCCAUCCCAUUCUAGUGAACAUGAUGUGCCAAGGAGGUCUUAAGGAAAUCCUUUGAAAUUUGGCACAAAAAAACUUGAAACUGUGCUGAUUGUAUAGAUAUUUUUUUGCUGCCAGCUUAAAGAUGAGUGUGAAGCUUCCCCAUUUGAGAAUAUGUAGCUUCUUUGCAGCAACAUCCAUGUAUGAAACAUAGUCAGCACUGGUUUGCAAAGGCAUAAAAUUGCAAGGUGGAAAUUCUAGUUCAAUUUUGUCACAAAGCAAAAGUUAGGAAUCCAUGUGGACAUUGGAACAGGUUUCUCUUGCAAAAAUCUGUCCUUCUCUUCAUAGUGGUUCCAAAGUGAGAUCGCUUCUUAAUGCACCCUCAGUGAGUGGUGGACGAAAUUUACAGUCUGUGUUUUGUUCAAAAGUGUAUUCAAAAGUUUAUCUGAAACUAUUGUGGGGCUUCAGCAGACUGAGUUAGACAAAUCAAGUGGAUAUCUUCAAAGUUACUCUCUUUUUAGAACUGAAUUUCCUCUUUUCUUAUUAGAAUUUCUCCACUGUCACUGAACAGGAAGACAGUGCCCAGUGAAACUGAAGGAGUGAAAAUUGUACUAAUGAGACAGUAACUUUUGAAUAUAUAAAUAUAAUUUGUCACUGCUGAAGCUUCAUAGUAAUUUGUUUAAAGUUUUGGAUACAUAUUUUUGCUAACAUUUGCAGAUUUUGACCCCCAUCACCUACACUGGAAGUACAUUUGGAAAGCACCUUUUAAUUCCAAUAUAAACAGAAUGGAUUAUUAUAAACAGCAGAACCCGUUUUAAUGUUUAUAUUGGCACCUGGUGAUUGUUUAAAGAUAAAACUACAAACCGCAAAGCUAUCAUUUAAUAUAAUUAGUUCCACCUGUGCUUUUUCUACUUUGACAACGUGACAACAUGUCUGCUUAAAAAAAGGUCUUUUGUGUUUGAUACCACAGUCCAGGCUGCUUUUUCACAUUCUCCAUCAGAGAAUUAUCACCCCUGUUCAGACAGUGGUAUCAUUAUCCCAUCAAUCACUUUUGAUAUAUUUGGACAGUUAAGAGCCCAGUUAAGAGUUCAUACAGUCAGAUCAGUAAUUAUUUAAGGCAAAAAGAAAAUAAAAUAGAUUUGAGUUAUUAACAGACUCCUUUCUUUGAAGUACACCAAGAUAAUUUCAGUGUCUCUGCUCUAAACACAAGUCUUUAGAUUGUUGCCGCUGUUUGCAGUUGGAGCCAAAGGUGAAUGUUUUUAAAAAAUCCCCUGAAAAAUUCCACUUACAACUUGAACACUCAUUCAUCUGUCAACUAUCUAAAUAUAUGAGCAUACUGUAAAUACCUCUGUCAUGUUUGAUGCAGAUCUGCAGAUCAUCAACUCAACAGUUCUUUUGUGAUUUGGGUACAAUAUAUCACUGACAUGCAGCCCUGACAGUAUUAACUUUUUACUAGCCCCUUUUUAAAUUCAGUUGUACAUGGUCUUAUUUGUUAUGGAUAUGACAUGAUGAAACCUUAGUAACAUAACAUGAAGGAGUAACAGACGGUUGCUUGAUAACAUGAUUACUGACUGGCUGAAUUCACUUGGAUAACAACAACUUGAAUCUGCUUUGUCUAAUUCUGAGUUUAAAGAAACCAGUUGCAUCACUUGUAUGCCUCAUCUAAGACCUAUAUACACUGGUUUAUUUACUCAGUACCUGUUCCAUAAUUAUUCACAUUGCAUUUCUGAUGUAAUUUAUGUAGAUGAUUCAUUAAAAUUAUUUGGCUUUGGUCUGUAAA